AUGCUUUCUAAUCCUAAUUAUUUAUUUCAAACAUUAUCAGCUCCAUUUAGAAGAGAAGGUAGAUCAUCAUCUGUAGGGCAUUGUUUUGAAUAUGCAAAUAAAUAUCUUUCUGAUUCUGAUAAAUUAUCCACUUGUUCAACAAAAUCUGGUAAAAGAUAUUCUCCAAAUAUAAUGAGAAAAAGGUCAAUAAGGACACAGUUAUUAUCAGCGGAAAGGAGACUUCAUUUAGCUGAAUGGUCUAAUCAAAGGUAA